GGCGUCGGGGGCGCGCCUUUCGCAUCGGCUGCUGGUUCUCGCACCCAGUGUGGGCUACUGACAGCCAGCUGUGCGGCUACACGACGACGACAAGAACAGCUGCGAAUCCACUGCCCUCUAACAUUUAACGCUCUACUCCUCCAGUGCGCGUUUGGGGGGCGAAUAAACCUCAAGGAGAGAGAAGAGAGGAAUAGGAAGACAGAAAAGGGCUCGUUUCGUCGUCGGUUCCUGUGCUAGCUUUGCUAAAGACGAGCAUUCCUCCGACAUGAAUCCGCUGUGUAGCAGAUGUAAUCUCGUCGUCUACCCCACGGAAAAAAUCAAUUGUCUGGACAAGUACUGGCAUUCGAGAUGCUUCCGCUGCGAGACCUGCAAUAUGUCUCUAAACAUGAAGAAUUACAAAGGUUUUGCCAAGAGACCAUACUGCAAUGCACACUACCCCAGGGCAAACUUCACCUGCGUGGCUGACACUCCAGAAAACAUCCGUCUCAAACAGCAGAGCAAGAUGCAGAGCCAGGUUCUCUACAAGGAGGAUUUCGAAAAGAAUAGAGGGAAAUCCUUCACCGUGGUCACAGACACGCCAGAACUGCAGAGACUCAAGAAAUCACAGGACCAAAUCAGCAAUAUCAAGUACCAUGAGGAGUUUGAGAAGAGCAAGACUCCACACCUCCAGGAGGACGUUGAGAAGACCAGGACUUACCAACAACAGCAUCCAGGCAACCCUCCUUCAGCCGCAGCUUACCAGCCCCCUGCCGCAUCUCAGAACUACCACUAUGAACCUGCUCCUGAGCCUGUGCGUCCGGCGGCCGCCGCACCGCCUCCUAGCGCCGGGAAACGGUACCGGGCGGUGUACGACUAUGCCGCCGCCGAUGAAGACGAAGUCUCCUUCGUUGACGGCGACGUGAUCGUGGACGUGCAGCAGAUCGACGAGGGCUGGAUGUACGGCCGCGUGGAGCGCACCAACCAGCAAGGGAUGCUGCCCGCCAACUACGUGGAGGCAAUUUGAGAGGGAGAGAAAGAAGAAAGGAGAAAGAAGAGGUAGAGAAAAGGAGGGAAAGGAGUUUAAAAAAGAAAAAAAAGCCCAGUGCCAUUUCAUCUUAAAUGCCGCUUCUCUUGAUUUGCCUCCCCACUUUGCCGAUCCCUUUCUCGCUGUUCAGCUCGCUAACCUCAAGCCUUCUGUCUUAAAUGUUUUCCGUCUCUGUGCUGAUGUUUGUCUCUUUGGAUGUCGCUCAUCAUCCUUCCCCUUCAUCGCGAUACGGGAGUCAGCUCAAUCCUGGCGAUAGCACUUAACAUUCCCCCCAGCGCAACAUGAAGCAAAAAUGCAAGGGAAAAAAAAUCUAUGGAAAGUCUCCUCUAAAUCAUGGCGCACAGAUGGUGUUUUAUUUGUGUUGCGUGUGUUUCCUCCGCAAGACUGGAAGAUAAAUUUAAUCUCAGUUGCUGGAAUUACUUGUACGUUUGUGCAUUCCUUUGAUCUCUGAACCCUCGGAUCAGCCAGCUGUCCGUCCUAACAGCGUUUCAGUCUUAAUGUAUUUAUAGAUCUGAUGUGACGCACUGCAUUUUGGGUAAUGUUGUUCAACUGGAAUCCUGAGCUCCUGCUGUUGUCAUUAGUUUAAUUUUUUUCUUUCUUUUUUGGUGUCGGAUAGACGCAAAAGGGAACGGGGCUAAGAUGGGGAAGUCUUACACACACACAAACGAUAUGUUAGACACCUGACUUCUGUUUCGCGUGAUGCGACAUCCCCCCCUCCCCCGCUACAAAAUUAGCAAACACAGCACAACUCUGUAUUGUGACACCUUUUAAAACUUUUUAUUCCACCGCUACAACAUUCCAAUCUUUAUUUUCCUGUGAGAUGUGAAUUAAUGUCUUUGACUUAUUUACCAACCCACUUCUAUCUCGUGCUUGUUUUUCUUCUCUUUUUUUUGCCUUUUUUGUUGUUGUGAUUGUAAAAUGCUUAUUUUGAACAGGAAAAUUUGUCAAGUGUAUUAAAUGAAUAAACCAGCAACACAAUUUCUGAAGGUGGAGGAGUUUAUAUAAAAUGUAAACCAAAAAAAAAGGUAGUGGGAGUUGGAUAAAGGAGCAGUGAUGGAGUGAGCGGAAUGCUGACGGCUAAUAUCAAUGAUCAAUGAGGUGCCCGAAAACUCACAGCAAGCGUAUGAUUAGUUGAAUUUGUAGUUAUGACCAUUUAUCGGUGUGACCAGUCUCUGACAAUGGGGUGUGAUUGAUUUGGGGGUGCAGUUUUCUGGCAUUGCUCUCACGACAUAGAUAGUUGACAUUUGUGUACAAUUGUGUCAUUAUAGACGUCAUUGUGCGUCAGGAAUUUUUCUAUGUGAAUGAUGGUGGCAAAAGGAAUCGUGGGGGGUCUUAAUUUUAUCGGUCAAAUUCAUGUUUUUAGACUUAAGUAUGCGAGUUCAGAACAUUUUAAGCAUGCACAGCCUCCUACUGGUCAGCAUAGAAACUUGUUUGGCCGUCAGGGACAGCAAACUCGGCUCGUGUUUAAAUUAACGGGUUGGUAGGUCAGUAAAAAAGCUAUGUCAAGCAUAAAACGACCAAUAUGAACUUGUUACUAGUAACUCUUCAGCUAGCAUUUCACUGGUCAAUAAGUCUAUCCGCCAAGCAAGCAUCGCACCACAAUGACUAUGAAUACCAACUUUGUCACAAAAAAGUUUUACUUGUAGCUAAUAAGGUGUCAGCUAGCGUUUUAGUGGUUGGCAAGUCUGUGUAGCACUAAGACCACCAUAAAUAUGAAUAUAGUCCCCGAAAAUUAAAAUGUAACUCGUAGCAUGUCAGCUAGCGUUUCAUUUGUUCGAAGGCCAGUCUGUCAAGCUAGCGUAGCAUUAUGACAGCAAUUAGUUUUUUUUUGUUUGUUUGUUUUUGCAUCCAUUUACACAACUACUUCCCCAUGCUCAAAACAUGCACUGUGACAAGGGGAAUUGGCAGCGUGAAAGAGUAGAUCACAAUUUUUGUUUCCUGAAUUAUGGUGACUUGCGCUACUUUGGAAAGUCCUUGUAACUAAUUGCCUGGCAGCUAGCUCCAGGCUAGUAUAGCAGUACAAUAACCAUUUUUCUGUGUACGUAUUUUCCGAUUAAACUCUAUCCUCGUUCUCAAACCCAACAUUGCGGCUGAGGGUUGUCAUUUGGAAAAAAAAAAGUCUGACAACAAAUGCGUCGGCAUGCAGUUGAUUGCGCAAUCAAAUGCAUGCCGACACAUUAUUUGUUCCCCGACAUAGGCUUUGAUUGGUUGUUAGAUCCAUUCGUCACGCUUUACGGAGUACUUUGACAACUUUUUCUGUGUACGUCAUCUCUGAAAGUAUUCUUAAUCAAACACUGCGAUGAGGGCAUGUUUUAUAAUAUGGUCAAGAGGGAGUAAUAGGAUUUUUUUUUUAUUAGGGUGUUAAAACAUUUUUUGAGACUUAAAUGCCUGCCGUCAUUUGUUCUCAGAUUAGACGUUCGACGGAAUUUGCCGUUUUGGAUGGAAUCAAAUGUCAUUCCUGACUCAUGAUUACAUUUUUUUUUUGGGCCCCUCUUCCGCUUUCUCUCGUCCAAGUUAUCCGUCCUCGCCUCUACCAAGCCUUCACCGUCUGUGUUUCUGACCCAUCAUUCCAUGCUUCUCGUCAUUCCAAUUUACCGGUGUAUGUACAUGUCAUAUUAGGAAUCCCGUAAUCCCACAGUUGCAAGUUUGCAGACCAGUUUUGUGCAUCUCCGUGUUUUGUUUUUAAAUAUAAUUUUAUGAUUUAAAAAAAAAAGGAAUUAAAGAGCAUAUGCAUAUUGCCACAAAGUACAUGACAUUGUCGGAUGUUAGGACCUGAUAUCAUCUCCUGUCAGCACUUAAAACUGUACUUGAGGAUUCUGCAGAUUGAAUAAAAGUCAUUUUCUCAA